AUGACUGUUAAGUUUUUGGAUAUCGUCAAGCCGUUUUGUGCAAUCCUACCGGAGAUCUCCCGUCCUGAACGGAAGAUUCAGUUUCGAGAACGGGUGUUAUGGACGGGAAUAACUCUAAUGAUAUUUCUGUUUUGUUGCCAAAUACCACUUUUUGGCAUAAUGUCGUCUGAAUCUGCCGACCCUCUCUACUGGCUUCGAGUGAUUUCUGCGUCAAACAAAGGGACACUUAUGGAACUUGGGAUAUCUCCAAUCAUAACAUCUGGUCUAAUUAUGCAGCUUCUUGCUGGGAUACAAGUGCUCUCUGUUGGUGAUGCACCGAAAGACAGAGCUUUAUUUAAUGGAGCUCAGAAAUUAUUCGGUAUGGUUAUAACUGUUGGCCAAGCUUCUGUGUAUGUUAUGUCCGGAAUCUAUGGUGCACCAAGCGAACUAGGUGCAGGAAUUUGUCUGUUGAUAAUCUUCCAGCUAACGUUUGCAGGUCUUUUGGUUUUGAUGUUGGAUGAACUUCUCCAGAAAGGUUAUGGUUUGGGCUCUGGUAUAUCUUUGUUUAUUGCAACUAAUAUUUGUGAAACUAUUGUGUGGAGAGCAAUAAGCCCUACUACGAUUAACACUGGACGAGGUACGGAGUUCGAGGGUGCUAUAAUAUCGCUUUUCCAUCUACUGGCCACUCGUACAGAUAAAGUUCGUGCAUUAAGGGAAGCGUUUUAUCGUCAAAAUCUGCCAAAUCUAAUGAACAUACUUGCAACUAUCCUUGUCUUCGCUGUCGUCAUUUACUUCCAAAGCUUCAGAGUAGAUAUUGCAGUCAAGUCAAUCCGAUAUCGUGGGCAAUCAACUUCAUAUCCAAUCAAACUUUUCUACACCAGUAAUGCCCCGAUCAUGCUUCAAAGUGCACUUGUCUCUAAUCUUUAUGUAAUGUCACAAAUGUUAGCUAGCAAGUUUCGAGGUAACUUCAUUAUCAAUCUUUUGGGUGUUUGGUCGGAUGGUGAAGGUGGUUCUCGAUCUGUACCUAUCGGAGGAUUGUGUUACUACAUGACACCUCCAGAUUCCUUAGGAGAUAUGCUAGUAGACCCCAUACAUGGCAUUUUGUAUAUUGCUUUCAUGCUUGGAAGCUGUGCGUUUUUCAGUAAAAUAUGGAUCGAUGUCUCAAAUUCCAGUGCUAAAGAUGUAGUUAAACAGCUCAAAGAACAACAAACUGUCGUUCCCGGACAUCGGGAGAAUUCAAUGGUGCAUGAGUUGAAUCGUUACAUUCCAACAGCAGCCGCACUUGGUGGUCUAUGUAUCGGCGCUCUUUCAGUAUUGGCAGACUUCCUAGGUGCUAUUGGAAGCGGAACAGGUAUUCUCAUGGCUGUCACAACAAUCUACCAAUACUAUGAAGUAUUUGUUCGAGAGCAAAGUGAGAUGGGUGGUUCUAUGAGCUCUUUGUGGUUAUAA